AUGAAGACCGACACCGAACCCAAGAUCUAUGAGUGGCAGGUACUACCCUUCGGAGCAACAUGCAGCCCCUGUUGCGCCACUUAUGCGCUACGUAAGCAUGUCUUUGAUCAUCGAGAGAAGUCUGCUGAAGUUGCUGAUGCAGUGGAUAGAUCGUUCUACGUCGAUAACUGCCUAGUCAGUGUACCACAGGAAGACGAAGCCAAGACUCUCGUCCACAACAUGCGUGACUUGCUUGCCAAGGGUGGUUUUGAGAUUCGUCAAUGGGCCAGUAAUGUACCCAACGUUGUAGCCGAUCUCCCUCCUGAAGCACGUUCAGAUGGCUGUGAUCUCUGGCUGACGUUUGGAGAGACAGACUUGGCCGAACCCAUGCUCGGACUCCAGUGGGACUGUAGCACGGAUGAUCUGCAAUACCGGCACCGGGUAGUCAACUAUGAUUGCCUGAACAUGAGAAACAUAGCCAGAGUUAUCGUACAGGACUUAUGGAAGACCAAACGUGACUGGGACGAUGCCCUGGAGCCUGGAGAGAUUAUGGACCGAUGGCGAGCCUGGGAAAAUGAGCUACCAAACCUGUCUGUCAUCAAACUAAAUAGAUGUUACACGCCCCCUGAUGUCAACCCAGAAACAGCCAGUCGCCAGCUUCACAUCUUCUGUGACGCGUCUGGGAGGAUCUACGGUGCAGUCGCCUACCUCCGGACGGAAGAUGAGACGCAUAUCGUACACACCAGCUUUGUAAUGGCCAGGUCCCGAGUUGCGCCAAAGAAACAGCUCUCCAUGCCCCGCCUCGAGCUCUCGGCCGCUUUGGCAGGGGCUCAAUUGUCCAGUCUCCUUCAGCAAGAGUUGACUCUACCCCUAGAAGAUAUUGUUCUCUGGAGUGAUUCUACGACAGUCCUGACAUGGCUGAAGUCGGAGUCCUGUAGGUAUAAAGUCUUUGUGGGGACCCGAGUGGCCCAGAUCCGGACCCUGCCUGACGUCGACCAAUGGCGCUACGUUGACACGAAAAAUAAUGCAGCUGAUGAUCUGACAAGAGGGAAAAGUCUGCUGUCACUCAGUCAACCCUGCAGAUGGCGAGAUGGGCCACCAUUCCUAUACGCAAGCCCUGAUCUUUGGCCAGCCUUCCCACCUGCCCUAGCUGAGGAUUCCUCAGAGCUGAAGAAAUCCUCCUUCUGCGGUAUAGUGACCGUGGAACUGGCUGACAUCCCAGACCUGGGGAAGUACAAAUCUAUGGAGGCAUCUAUGGAGGCAUCUAAGCAGCUCUGUGACGGGGCGGCGAAGGAUGAUGGUCCUGUUGAACUAACAGCUGAUCAGCGAGCAGAAAUUGAGCUUCACCUAUUCCAACGAGCCCAGAAAUCCAGUUUUCCCGAAGAGUGGGGUGCCCUCAAGGAUGGUAAGGAGCUCCCUCGAGGAAGUAGACUGCUGCAGCUCUCGCCAGAGUGGGAUGCAGAUGACCAAGUCAUCAGAGUUGGGGGCCGGCUGCGUCAUGCUGAAGGAAUCCCGCUUUUCACCAAGCAUCCAAUUGUGCUCGACCCCGCACAUCAUGCUGUCCGCAAACAUCAGCGUCAAUGUUCUGACUGCCAGAGGUGGAAAGCCACUCCAAGUGUCCCUAAGAUGGGGGAUCUUCCUUCUGCCCGCCUCCGCAUCCAGCAGCCGCCAUUCUACUCCACAGGCGUUGACUGCUUUGGGCCGAUGACCGUCAAGAUAGGCAGGCGAACAGAGAAGGGUUGGGGCAUCAUUUUCAAAUGCAUGACAACGAGAGCAGUGCAUUUAGACCUACUUGAGAGUCUUGACACAGAUGCCUUUCUGAUGGCUUUCCGAAGAUUCGUAUCCCGAAGGGGGAAGCCGUAUGAGCUGCUGUCGGACUGCGGAACCAACUUCAAAGGGGGUGCUUCCGAGCUGAAGGAAGCCUUCUCAGCGAUGGAUCCAGCCCUACAGCAAGAGCUUGCCAAACACCAAGUAAGAUUUCGUUUCAACCCUCCAAAUGCCCCGCAUUUCGGAGGAUUGUGGGAGAGAGAGAUCAAGUCAGCCAAGUAUGGCCUGCGAGUUGUCCUCAAUGAUCAGAUGGUACCAGAGCAAGUCCUUCGCACAGUACUCAUCGAGGUUGAAGGAAUUCUCAAUUCGAAGCCUCUUGGCUACACAUCCUCAGACAUCGCCGACAUUGACCAUGUCACACCGAAUGUCCUUCUGAUGGGGCGCUACGACCCAGCUUUACCUCAAGUGGUCUAUCCAGCCAAAGACCUGUUGGGCAGACGUCAGUGGAAGCAUAGCCAAGUUUUUGCAGACCACUUCUGGACCAGAUUCUCCAAGUUCUACCUACCUUCACUUCAGAGUCGUCAGAAGUGGCAAAGAGAUGUGGUGGGUUUGUCCAAGAACGACGUCGUCAUGAUCAUUGACCCGAAUCUCACUCGGGCGCAGUGGCCUAUCGGCAGAGUUACUGAAACCUUCCCUGGACCGGAUGGUCGUGUCCGGAGUGCCGACGAGAGAGUCAGAAACAAUGUCUACACACGUCCUGUAGCUCGGCUGAUUCAACUCCCUGAGAUGAGCAACAACGAUGAACUCAAGGACGCUCCGACCUCAUAG